UCAGAUGAUGAGAGUGGGUCAUCAGCUGCAGACAGUCAGGUGUGGUCGGCGGGGAGAUAUUCCGACCGAAGCGGUGAUCUAGCAGACUUCAACGGGACAUAAACAACGUCAACCGCGGAUCUGUAAACAUGACCCAGUGACCGAGCACCAAGUACACCUCAAUGACCAAACACCUUUUUUAACCUGGGCUGAACAAAGAAGCUAGAGCCCUCCAUCUGUAAUGAUACAGGGAACAGUUGACUUUUCACCUAUCCACCAGAGGAACUGGGAACAGGAAGUGAAAUUAAAGGAUCAUCUUAAAGGAACCUCAUCAUAUGUAACCACUACCGAAAUGCAGUGAACGUCUCAGUUUUUUGCUUCUUUAAAAAAAAAGGGAUGGAGUUAAUGAAUGAGUGGUGGAGGAGUUCAGGACAAUAAGUGGAUUCAUGAUCAGUUGUUAAGUCACCUGUCCAUUUGGCUGUCUAAGCAAUAACCACAAAAUGCCAAAUCCCUGUAAUCAUAGAGCCUUAAAUGUGUGGCUUUCAGUGUUUAAAUGAAUAGACCUCUGUGAAGACGUUACAUUCAACGUGGGACUUCAUCCAAAGGAGAAAGAAGGGAGUGUCCACACUUCACUGACAGAACUGUGAAUGUAAAAAAUCAGAGUGUGUAUAAAAACCGAUGAGUUGUCACAAGUUGGAAAUCCCCUGCUGGAGUGUCGGUGGGUGUGACUGGAACUAAGGUGGAACCACGUGGCUGCUAUCAGCCGUCAAGCAUGAACCAUACAUACAGAGCUCUUCAGAAACGGUCUGUUUUCUUCUGGUUGCUGUGGUUUCACUGUGAAUCCAAACUAAAUGAUGUGAACUUCUGAACUGAAACUCAAAGGAUAAACCAAAACUAAAAAGGUGCAGAAAUUCGACUGGAAUGUCCUCUUGUUGGCACAGGAAUGCCUGUGAUUUUUGGACAAACUCUUGUGCUACUCUGAGCUCGUAGCAUUGGGAGGUGAAAAAAUCGAAAGCACUGGGGAGAUCAGGAAUAUCACCUCCUCCUAUGAAACUGAUUUUACUUGGAAAUACAGUAAGAGGCCUUCCAAAUGGCGGGAAAGGACUACAAUCAUCUCUUCAAACUGCUCAUCAUUGGAGACUCCAGUGUCGGCAAAAGUAGUCUUCUGCUCCGCUUUGCAGACAACUCCUUCUCUGGCAGCUACAUCACCACCAUCGGUGUCGACUUUAAGAUCCGAACAGUGGACAUCGAUGGAGAGCGGGUUAAGCUGCAAAUCUGGGACACAGCGGGCCAGGAGAGAUUCAGAACCAUCACAUCAACGUACUACAGAAACACCCACGGGGUCAUUAUUGUUUACGACGUGACAAAUCCAGAGUCGUUUGUAAAUGUUAAGAGGUGGUUAAAUGAAAUCUCCCAGAACUGUGACAAUGUCUGCAAGAUUCUAGUGGGAAACAAAAAUGACGACCCUGCCAGGAAACAGGUGGAUACCCAGGAUGCUGUGCGUUUUGGGGAGUCAAUGGGGGUUCGGGUGUUCGAAACCAGUGCCAAAGAGAAUGUAAAUGUAGAAGAGAUGUUCAUGGCCUUCACUCACAUGGUGCUCCGGGCCAAGAAGCAGAGCCAGAACAGAGCCGAGAGGGAACGAGAGCGGGAGAAGGACACAGUCAACAUCAACGCCCACAGAGACCGAGACCGCAGGAAGAGGGGAAAGAAAUGCUGCUGAGCCCCAAACAGACUACACAGCCACAUAGCGCUCAUCGCUUACACAAGAAGCAUUCAAACAAGAUUGGGAAAACGUGCCUUAGGAGAAAAGUGUUCUGUGUUUCAAACUGCAGAUGCAAGUGUUUGAAACGGUCAUGCGCUAUUUACUACGCCAAGUUACCAACCAACAGGUGGCAGCUAGUUCUGCCUUACUGCUGGUUGUGAAUGGAACUGAGGCAGAGGGAUUUACAGUCUGUCAGCACUGACUGCAUGUAGCAGCUGGGAGGUUACAUGAGUUAAAGGAUCAUUCUGGUGUUUUAGAAUUUCUUUGCCCAUUUACCACGAAUCACAUUUAAAGCAUUCUGUAGUGUUUUCAAAUGUUUGCUCUGCUGGCAGUAGGGCCUGAUGAUGGAGAGGUUGGUCAGUGAGUCAUCUCUGCUACUAACUGCCCAGAUUACUAUAAAGAUUGCUGUUGAAAAUGCUUCCCAUAAAUCCCUAAUAUUUUCAGUAUCCCUUGACCUUUUCAUUAGUGCCAAUCAUCAUUCAAAUUUCUAUUGAAACAAAAACAUUAUCAGACUGGUGCCCUGACACUAAGAGCGUAUUCACAAACAUUUUUGAUUUUUAAUUCACAAUCUUUUAGCCCAACUACCUAUUGUGGUUCCAAGAAUAACUAAAUUACUGUUUGUUACAGGACUGCAACUAAUGACUCUUUUCUUCAUCUAUUAACCAGCUGAUUACAAUCCAUCACAAAACAUAAUAAAAAGUGAAGAGUGCACUACAUUUCCACAAAGGAGUAACAUAACUAAAAGAGUCAGAGCAAUCAUGAUGUAAACUAACUCAAUUAUUUUUCAAGUCUCUGCAAAUUGAUUUUAAUAUUGUGAUAUAAAAAACUAGACAAAGAACAAGAAAACAACUGCUGCCUGUACAGUUGAUUAAAAACACAACAAUCUGUUUUGAAAUGUAGAACUGUAUGUGAUCAUGGUGAAUGAGCUAAAACGUACAAAAACUCUGGUACGGUCCUUUAACUUUGCACUAAUGAACCACUGUUCUGUGCCGAUGUUUUAGUUGUGUUUUUUCUUAAUACAGUAAACUUAAGUUACCACUGAAAGGGAACUGGUUGCCAUUGUUACUAAAUUGUAACCUUGACACACUAACAGGUGUGAUGAGUGCACUCCAAUGUCUGUAUACCUUAUUUCAGUUCAAAUGAGGCCAGUAAUAAUCCAAGACUACAAUAUGUGUGUAACCUUUACAAAUUACAAGCCCAAAACGUUUAAGUCAUUGGUAUGUUUUUAAAUAUAAAUCUGUUGCCUAGCAAAUGUGUCCAAAUAAAGCAAUAAAUCCAGA